AUGGCAGAUGAAUUGUUCGAUGCUAAAUCCGCGGAUGGAUCAUUCAAUCUGGUGAAUCCUUCACCGUGCCCGCUUAAAGCAGAGGGAGCCUCAAGCUUCAAUCAGCUCCUUCAGGAUCACGGCAUCAGCCAGGAGCUCACGGAUCGGCUGCUCGCCGACGGUUGGGAUGCGAAAUCUUUUCGCCAUGUUGUCUGCCAGGAAUCUGAGCUUGCGGGGGUCCUCCCUGAGAUGUUCCCGGACACUGAAGUGUCCUUGAUGCAGCGUGCCAAGCUGCGAGCCGUCUGGUCGUCGCUGCAGCGACGCGGUAGUAACGAGCCUGCUCCUGCAGAACCGCUGGGAUCCCCGGCCAAGCAAGGCUCGGGAUGGUCGGAAGCCUUCGCCCCCAAGCUUGAUGCAACGCGGGUGGCCACGCUCAAAAAACGUUUCUUGGAAGCCUUCCCAUCCGAAAUCUUGACGGCUAUGAAUACCCCCUCGCUCCGCCUCUUGAGCACUGCUGUCGACGCCGAGGUUAAGAAGAACUGGUCUUGGAUCCCGUGGAAGAGUCGCAUGACACAACAGAUGUAUGAGGAUUCCCUCAUGCAGAAGCCCGCAAAAAGGGCCAGGAUUGAGACCCUUCAGCUUUCGGACCUGUUGCUUGAUGAACCGCCACAGAUUGAUAUCAAUGAUUCCACCAUGGGGAUUUCAAUGAUCCGUAGGCUGUUGGAGGUGCAUGACAAUGCCCUCGCUCUUGCAGGCACCGCGCAUCUUGCGCGCCUCAAAGCUUACACCUCUAAGUUCUUGAGCCUGGUUUCGCAAAAAUUCCCGCCUGAAACAAACCUUCGGCCCCCCUCUGUGCUGGAAGCUCAGCAGGCGGACAAACACUUGUGGUCGUGCAUCUUUCAGCUUGUGAUCGAGAAAGAAUGGCAGGUGAAUGAUGCGAUCUACGAGUUCACGGAGAUCCGCGGCGAUAUGUCGUCAUGGCUGCAGCCCCGCGCCAAAGCUGCCUCUGCAGGCAAUCGUAGGCCGUAUACACCGGGCGGCCGUGACAACCGCCCGCCCACCCCACCGCCAGGUCGUGGCAAUGGCAAGGGCAAGGGGAAAGCCAAGAGCCCCACCAAGCAAGGCACCCAGCCUAGGGGCGUUCCGUGGGUUCGCGAGUACAAGGAGGGCGGCCAGGUGAAAAAAUUGUGCAUUGGGUGGCAGAUCGGGAAAUGCCAGCGUGGCAACUCCUGCGAGUUCACGCACGGCUGCGCCUUCCCCAAGCCCGAUGGUUCACCCUGCCUUAGCAAGGACCACGGUGUUGCCGGGUCCAUCCACAGCUGGGGGGAGCUGCCUGCUCCCCCGCCACUGCCACCGCCGUUCGCCGUGCUCACAUCAUUUCCGGUCACCAUCGCCCUGCCUGAGCUUUGCAGGGACCUGAAUGCCCUAUUCAGGUUCCUCUUUCCAAACGAGCGCUGGAACGCUUUGUGUGUCUCGCGCAAUGGCCUCAGUGCGCUGCAUUCCGACUCAGCGAACAUUCCUGGCUCACGCAAUUUGUCACUCUCGCUGGGCGCCUUCUCGGGUGGCCAUCUGUGGAUUGAGGACCUCUCCUGCCUCUCGCAAGGCCAGCCGACAUCAGUUGCAUCUGGCUCGGGCUGGCUGCAUGGCUGUGCUAUCGACACACAUCGCAAAGCCAUUAGCUUCGAUGGCCGCAUUAGACACAUGACACUUCCUUUCUCAGGAGAGCGUUGGGCCCUCACAGCCUUUUCCCUGCCUGACGUGUGUUGUGCCGAACUUGAGCGUCCGCAGAUGUUCCUCCUGCGCAACAUCUCCCUUCAGCACAGCCAAUGCCCGGAGUACCGGUCCUCUUCCUUUGCGGCUCGGGAGCGGCCGCGCGUUCGGUUUUUCACUGGUUGUGAAAUCUUGGCUCCCGCGCCGGCCGGCUUAGACCUGGGGCGGGCCGCCAUGGCUGAAGCUCUGGAUGAAAUUCCAGAUGAGGUGCUGCAGAGCGAAGAUCUAGAUCAGGCUGAGGAAGCUUCUGGCUGGGACGCUCUGCCGGCUUUGAUAAGGCGCCAGCUUUCUGCGAACGGUCAGCAAAUUUCGGAUGCUCUGCUGUGGAACAUGUUUCUGUCCGAGGAUGAGAUAGGAGAUUUCAUGGAGUCUGCAGGUUUCGUGGCAGGAUCUGUGGAGUGGUAUCGCUACAGCGGAGUGCUGGUUGAACUUUGGAAAGGUGCUGAACUUAAAGCUGCUCUGGCGUCCAGGAACAAAUCGGUUUUGCUGGGGGCUCACCAUGCAGUCUCCUCUGGAAUGCAAGUGCAAGUGCCUGCGGCGGUGCAAAUGACACGUGAGUCUUUAAUAUCUUCUGCGGCAGUCAAGAGGCAACUACAUUGGCCUUGUCGGCUGGCCAAGAAACGAGCGCUGGCCAGGAACGAGGGCGGACGAGCACAGGCUGAGGCCGAAGAGCUUCAGAGAUGGAGGCGCAAGCUGGCAGAAGUGUUGAAGCAAGGGACGGCGUGGCAGGUCGUGACGGGCCUUCAAAGGCAGAUCGUCGUGACCUUGUGCCAGGCUUCGAGUGAGCUUGUUGAUUUCGGUCUGGAUGCGCUCGACCUGAGGUUGCAGGAGAGAGGGGCGUCCAAAGAAAAUCGUGAGCUCCUACAAAGCUCCUGGGCCAUGCCGUCAGAGUGGGCUGCGUGGAGAAGAGGUGAGCUCGUUUCCUCGCCUCCUCAGCAGGCCGAUCUUCCGAGGCCAGUGUCGGGGCCGUCUGAGCCCAACUUUGCCUUUUAUGUGACCGUGUUGGGCAAGCGAAGGCUCAGGAGGCUGCACCGUAAGGCGGGUUGCGGGACGCAGCCGGCGAAGGUGCAGUGUGUAGAGUAUUACGAGUCGUUGAAAGAUGUGCAGUUCGACUCGGAGUGUCGUCACUGUUUCCCAUCGGAGAAGGAGCCUCCCGAAGAGGAGGCAAACUCACCAAAGCCACGGAUGGUACGCCGAUAUGCUGGAAAUACAAUCGCCGCGGCGGUUGUCAAGAUCAAGCAUGCCGGGGCGGUGGUGACACCACCGCCGGCCACUGACUGCGCUCCUCGCAAAGGCGAUCUCAGUUCUGCAUUGCAUGAGUUGGCACAGUCUGCAUCGGUUUCAGUGACAGUGGAAGAAUUUGAUCUGGCUGGCCUCGCUUCGAUGCUCGUCGUUACGUGGGGCCUUUACCAAAGAAAUGCGGGCAUCAACAUGAACCACUGGACUCUGCCGGGCCCUCGCACAGUCUUUACUGGCCUCGACUCCUUCUUCUUCGUCGGGAUGCGGAUGCUGACCUUUCUUCUUCGGCAUCUGCCGCUGGACCUUCGUCUACGAAGGACGGCCCUGGCCCAGCUCCUUUUUCAUCUGCCACCACCGGACUGCCAGGCUGGAAACGGGUUGGAUGCCCCAUGGGCCAUCGCACGCAUCUCCUCGAGACGAGGUCAAAACAUCGUGCCGCGCGUUCGGUUUUUCACUGGUUGUGAAAUCUUGGCUCCCGCGCCGGCCGGCUUAGACCUGGCCUGGCUGCAUCAGGGAAACUGUGCUCUGAUCUUGAUACCCCCAUUACUGUACUCAGACUCAGCUAUUCCGUGCCAGCCCCAGCUUUUGGCUGCUUCUUACCGCCCGCUUUCCGCCCUGGCGGUCAGCUCGCCCGCCUUCGCUCCCCCGCAAUGCGCAAGUGCAUUUGCAUCUUCGUUUGCCACGAUCGCUGCCCCUCUGCUCCCGGCAGAGGGCCGCGAGCUAUCCCUGCAGUCAGUCAUCAAGUCUAUCCCACGCAAAGGCCUUUUCGCAGGCCCACAUGCACUUCAUGAUGGUGCUGGAAAACGCUCCAUUGCCGAUUGGAGCAGCCCUGCAAGCCAUGAUGCAUUUCGGGGAUUACGCAAAGCCCUGCUGCAAUUCUGCAUCUCAGCUCGAGCCGACAAACGCUUGCUUGCUCGCGGUUCCUGCCCGUCGAAUGAACCGCUUUUCAGCUCUUCCGAAGUGUCCGCAGCCAGGGAUCUGGUGUUUCCUUCGCUGGGUAUGCAGACCCCGGAUAACGCUUGGUAUGUGCAUCCAUACCAACCCAUGUGCUUGCACGCGUUUGAAGCCCUGGCACAACAUUGUGGCGAUCAGGACAUUCAUUUGUUUCCGCAUUUGCGUAUGGGUGUGCCAACCGGGUACUUGAAUGACAUCCCCCCUUCCAACUGUUUCUGGCCUCCCAAAGGCCAAUCAGGGGAGCUGAUUCCAUUGGCGCUCAAUCUUGAAAACUGGAAGUCGGCCGAUGUGGCUCCUGAGGUCACUUCGCGCUUGCUCCAAGAGGAGUUGGACGCGGGAUACUGCUUUAAGUUUGAAGGCACACUUGAGGAGGCGAAAAGUAGAUGGCCCGUUGGCCUAGCACUGGGAAAAUUGGGGGUUGUUAGGGCUCCGGGGAGGGCCGAACGACUCGUGUUGGACAACAGCGUAGCUGGGACCAAUUCUCAGUGCACAGUGCCGGAACGUCAAUGUUUCCCGAGCAUACACGAUGUUUCGCAUUCUUUCCCGAUUCGCGAGACUUCCGACCGCCAGAUGGCCAUUUGCAUUGAUGUCAAGCAGGCGCACAAGCGCUGCCGCAUCCGCGACUCCGAGCAGGGCCUGCUCGGCUUCACUUGGCACAACGCGCUAUACUUUUUUCGCUGCUGCCCAUUCGGAGCAGUUUUCUCACAGCAUUGGUGGGGUCGCGUGGGAGGGUGCACUUUGCGCCUGUUACAUACCCUGCUGUUCCUGGCCCAUGUGGGCCUCCUUUUCGUGGACGACUUCAUUUUCAGCCAAGCGGCCAGCCUCAUGCCGCUCUCGGGAGCUGUGAUAUGCCUCUUUCUUCAGAUCCUGGGUGUUCCAGUCAGUUGGAAAAAAUUACAAACUUCUUGCCGGGUCGAUUGGAUUGGAUGGCGGUUGUGCUUCUCUUCGGGUACGGUUAGUCUCAGGGAAGAAAAACGCUUGCGGCUCCUUGAACAAGUGCGUUCCCUUCUGAGGGGCGGGGGCCGUAUCUCUACCAAGGAACUGGAAUCCUUUCUGGGCCUUGCCAUGUGGGCCUGUGCACUCUUCCCCACUAUGCGUGCCAUGAUGCACCCUUUCUACAAAGACCUUUGGUCUCCGGCUGCCACUAACUUCAGCAUUGCUCCGGAAUCGUGGCAUAGCAUCUGUAAUUUCCUUGAUUCUUCACUCAGGUUUAAGGCCUCACCUCCUCACACUGCCAUCCCCGCGGGUGCUAAGCUCCUCUCGGCUCGUCAUGUGCCUUUCACAACCCUUGCAGACUUGUCCAAAGUCGCCGUGACGCACAAAAGAUUGUGGCUCCGCGUUGAAUGCCUUAGCAGCUCGAGGCGGAAACUCUCCUGUGCCUCCAUCCGCUCGUUGCAGGCCUUCGAGCGUUGGUUGCAACACGUGGCACCACUCGCCAGCAUGCGCCCAUCUCAGGUUGCAGACGUUGAGGCCUUUGCCGAUGCAUCGGAAUUUGAAGCAGCAGGCAUUCCCUUCGGCAAUGACCUGGCUAAGGAGAUAGCCAGUUGUGAAGCCCUGGCUCAGGCAGGUCUGAAUAAGAUGUUUUCCACCAAAUUUCCCCUAGGCCUCGUUCUUGAACACAUCGCCCUCCUGGCGGCCAUGCAUCGCAUCUCUAUCGAUGUGUCUCAUGUCCCAGGUGCCAAGAACUGCAAAGCCGACGCACUUAGCCGGCCGGCUGAGUACCCCACACCUCCAGACUGCCUUCCAUGCCAGCGCAUACGCUUUGGGCUCUCUGCUCUCUGGGAGCCUUGUCCUGAGGUGCAGAUUUUCCCUUCCAGCUUCACCCUUCCUUGGCUUCGCUGA